GAGAGAGAGGGAGAUAUAAAAACGCUGUUCAUCAUCUUCCUGAUAAAAAAAAAAUCUUGCGACAGUCGAAUUUAACCUUGUUGGACAAACUGAACCAAUAUAUAUAUACAUAUAUCACUCAGCUCUCCCAGGAUCCCUAUGUCUAUAUAUAUAUAUAUAUAUAGGACAUACUUGUGAUUGCUGAGGAAUAAUCAAUCAAUCGAAGAGAGAGAACGGAGAGAUCGAGCAAUGGUAAAAGUCCCUUUCCUGAUUACUCUAAUUGAGUCCAAUUAGAGGGCAUUCAAGUUUUGGGUUGCCAGGAUAGGAGAUCUUGUGGCCGCGCGAAUUGAUUGACUGAAAGGGACGAUGGAGCGAUGAUGAAGCAGAGGAAUCUGUUGCUGGGAUCGGAGUGGUGAAUGUCGUCUGAAGAGUGGAAUUCCCUAAUGGGUAUAUACUACACAAUUUACCCAUCUGCAAUCCUUGAUUUUCAAAAUUCUUGAUGCUGAUCAAUCCAAACACAUUAUAACCUGCCCGCACACCCAAACACCACGUCUCUCACACUCUCACUAUCUAUCUAUAUAUUCACAUUUAUAUAUAUCGUAUCUCCUCAGUCCUCACUGAACCUCCCUCUCACUAUUUGUAUAUAUAUUUAUAUAUAUAUAUAUAUACACACACACACAUCCAUCUCUGCAACUUUUUCGACCAAAAAAAAAUAAUAAUAAAUAAAAAUAAAAAUAAUAAUAAUAAUCUAUCAAACUUAGCUUAACCCAAUUUCCGCCACUCUAUAUCAUCCAUCAUCUUCAUGCCCCACGUUCAAAUCAAGCAUGUAACUGUGUAAGAAGAAUACGUUGUUCAAUGCCAAAAUCAAUUUUUGUGAUUAAAUUUAUAUUCUGGUUACAUCCUUCUCAAAACACAAAAAUCCUUUUUGUUAUAAGAAAACAGAACAAAAAGGUUAGGACGAAUUGCUCAGGUGAAUAUAGGAACUGAAUGAUCAGUUUCAUUGUUGGGUUUUGAGAGGGAUUGUGGUUGUCCAGUGAUGGUGGCUUUUGAGAACUCUGCCUAUCAUCCAUUAACUUCAGAGAAAAAAAUAAAAAAAUCGUUGUGUGUAUAAUGUAUGUAUAUAUAUAGAGAGAGACAACCUUAUCUCUACUACUGAGUUGUCACGAUUUUAUUGGCCUUUGAGAUUUUACUUUACAAAUCAGCAAGUUUAGUAUAUAAACCCUUGAAACUGUGUCCUUUUUUAUAAGGGCACUAUGGUCUUUUGAAUUUUCUGCUACCGAAAGGUGAGCUGGCCGGGUAAAAUGCAAAAAAAAAAUAUAAUUCAACUUUUUAAGAGUUUUUUUUUUUUUUUUUUUUUUUUUUACCUUAAAAAAAUAAUAAUAAAAAAAAGAUAAAAAAAAAUAAUCAUAAUUGAUUAUGAGAAUAUUAUUGAUAUAUAUAAACACACGUGUUUAUAUAUAGGUACACGAAUCAACGUAGCAAUUAGCAGUCCUCAUUAUGGCAAAUAUGAUGAACCAAUCCUAAGGACUUGAGGGCUUGCUUGUGUCGGACAGAGUAGGUAUGGAGAAUUUAUGAUUAGAAAAGGGAAUUCGUGUAAUGUUGUCCUCAGUAUUAGCAGCAAAUGGGGGUGAGAGAUUAAUUAAGUGGGUGGUUCACAUGUAGGAGAAUAUUUUUGAAGGCGAGGAUUAUGGACUAUUAACAGUUUCGAGUUUUGGAAUAGAUGGAUGUGACACGAAAGCAUAAAACUAUUAUGUUGCACAGUGAAUUUAAUAGGAGCCAAUUGUCAAAUCAUAACGUCUUAUCGCAAAUUGGAUAUGAGAAUUUACAUUCGUAUUUAGACUUGUGAACCAUAAGAUACAAUACAUCCUUACUUAACCACUCAUAACCAAAUGUGCCUCAAGCAAGUAGCUCUGUUCCAUUCCAGGUUGGGGGAAGACCAACAAAUCUUCCAUUAUUCCUUGGUGAGCAAAUGAUUGAGAGACCAAGGACUCCUCACUUCCUGAAAUCAGCUAUAGACCAAAAAGGGUGCCGAAGAGCAAAGGCUAUAGCAAGGAGUCUCUUAAAUUUGGCCAAUAUGUUGAUAAAUUUAAGGAUAGUAAUUUUCAAAAUGUAUUUUAAUAAGAUAUUUGGUCAAAUUUAAGGGAGUCUCAGUUUAAUUAGCCCUAAAUUUAAAAAGAAGUGGCAUUGGGCAUAUAGCUGGGUCUACAGUCCAACAGAUAGAGCAGUCCUAUAUAUAGAGAGAAGUUUGAUAUGUAAUAUGACCCACUAACGGAAGAAAUGAAUUGGGUGUUUCUUAAGUCAACCGAAAUCGAAAGAAACCCGCGCGCCAAUGUGAUUAGCUAACCCCGAAACCCUCGUUGCAUCUCUCAUUUUCAGAAUUUCAUAGCUAACUAAACUAAACUAAGUCCAAACAAACAAUUCAUAUCAAUCAAUGCCAAGUCUUGUAUCUUUUUUUCUUCUCCAUUUCGAUAAUCUUUUUCUCUCCCUCCCUCUCUCUGUCUCUCUCCAUCUCUCUCUCUCUCUAUGUUCCUCCUCCUUGAAUGGGUUGCGGCAUUUCAACAUUCAGACUAGAAGAGGAUGGCGGUGUCCACCCUGCCCGACGCAGAAUUGGCAAUACGCGCAUCAUUACAUCUAAUCAUCAUCAUCAUCACAAUAAUAACAAGGCUGCUAAUACUACCACAAAUACAGACACCAACACCGCCACCAACGACAAUGACGGCCGUAAAAGUGCUUGUUCUUACACUACGGCCUACAACGAUGCUUGGUCUGUUAGGAAUUCGGUGGCACAGGAAGACGAGAUCGAUAUUAAUUGUGAUGGCGCAACGAAGAAAUUGGGUGAGGAAGGGAUAAAGAGAGGGAUAGUAAUAGUGGAGGAGGUGGGAAGAGAGGUUGAAAGAAAAACAGAGGCGGCUGUGGAGGGAGAGCACAGCCACCAUGAAUUUGCAGUUGAAGGAGGUCAUGAGGAACACAAUAAUGGAAGAUUCUCAGAUUAUUCGGAUGGUCCGACUUUUAUGCGAUCUCCGAGCUUUAGGGACUAUUGCAUUGUUUAUGACAUAGAUGACGAUAAGGAUGAUGAUGCUAAUUUUGUUGGAGAAAACGAAGUGAAGGGCACACAGAUGAAGGCAGGCAUUCCACCUCUGGGCUCAAAUCGGGGUUCAACAACGCAAUUGGUGAAAAAAGGGAGGAAAGGAAGAAGAUUGAAGGUCUUCCCGGCGGGCAAGUCAGCCGCUGUGAAAAAUCUUUUGAAUGUCACAACUUGCUACAGUCCCAGUAAUUCCUCGGCGUAUAACACGCCUGGAAAACCAGUUGAGAAAUCCGCAUGAAACUAUUGGUGUUCAAAAGAGAGAAGACAAUAUAUUUUCCUCCUUUCCUACUUGUUUCAGAAAAUGCCUCUUCUUCUCUCAAAGGAAAGGAAUGUGUAUGAUAUCAUCUAGAUUUAGAUUUUUAAGACAUCAUCUAGAUGUUCUCUCAAUUUUGCUGAUAUUUUUGUUGUCUAUGAUGUUGGGAUCUGAUAUGCAAAAAUACAAUUUUGCUAAAUUUUUCAGAUCCCCACUACAAUGAAAAUUGACAAAACAUUAUUUUUUUCU